AUGUCUCUAGCUUAUUGUAAACCUAUUCACUCGAUGUAUAUUUAUCCUACUUUUUUCUUUGCAUUUUCUGCAUUUCUUAAUUUUGCAUAUGCUCAAACUCCAGGUGUAAACAACACCAACCCCGACCCUGAUCAAAAUGCAACCACAACAGAUGAAGGAUCUGAUUCUUGCAGUGAUAAUGGUUAUAUAGCUGAAGAAUAUAAUUUAAGCCUUCAUAUUGCUUCAUUUUUUAUAAUUCUUGUAACAAGCUCAAUGGGUGCUUUUAUUCCGGUUAUCGCUGAUAGAACCACAAAACAUUUUGGUACUGGUGUUAUUCUUGCAACUGCUUUUAUUCAUAUGAUCCCCACAGCAUUUGAGGCAUUAAGCGAAGACUGUCUUCCAGAAAUUUGGCAUAAUUAUGCAUGGCCAGGUGCAAUUUCUAUGAUGGCAGCAUUAUUAGUUUUUUUCAUAGAAUAUUUGUCCACAAAUUAUACUGAUGAAUUUGAUGAUAAAAAUAAAGAAAUUCUCCCAAGAAAUGACAAUGAUACUAAAGGAACUACUGAGAUCAUUAAUAUCAGUCAACCAAAUGGGACUUUAGUUGUGCUAACUAAUAGUUCUCAAACAAUCGGUGUAAUUGUAUUAGAAGUUGGCAUUUGCUUUCAUUCAGUAAUAAUUGGAAUAGCAUUGUCAGUUGCUAAUGGAACUGAGUUUAUCUCUUUAUUAUGUGCUUUGGUUUUUCACCAGACAUUUGAAGGUUUGGGACUUGGUUCAAGAAUUGCAGCAUUAAAGUUACCAGAAGGCAGCUUUAAACCAUGGCUUAUGUCAUUAGCUUAUGGUACUACAACUCCACUUGGAGUAGCUAUAGGUUUAGGUAUACGUGAAACAUAUAAUCCAUCAUCGUCAACUGCUCUCAUAGUACAGGGAGUUCUUGAUGCAAUAUCUGCUGGUAUAUUGCUUUACGCUGGAUUAGUUGAAUUGCUCGCAAGUGAUUUCAUUUAUGGUUCCAAGUUUCGAAACUAUCAUGCCACUCAAAAAUUAUAUGCAUUUUUUCUUUUGCUUCUUGGUGCUGGAAUGAUGGCUUUGAUUGGAUAUUGGGCAUAA